GAUCCACUUCCGGAAAUAACAAACUUUUCACAGAUGUGUUUUCUAAGCUACGCUUGAUUAUAAACAUUGUCAGGCUAUUGUCUGAACAAGGAAGCAGAAUCUACCAUGCACGAUCACACAUUCUAACGUAAGGAAGUCGGAGAACAAAUCACGACCUAACCACUAAUCGCACACGUGCGUCGCCUUGGGUAACUUUGGACUUUGGAUUAGCUUGAUGCAGACGUCACGCUCGGUCGAGUUCAACUUUGCUCGGAGGCUCAGUUGGGUAGUUCGCGAUUUGAUGGGUGGCAGCAUGUUGCUGAAAGCGGCAGCGUUCCUUGCACUAGGCGUAACAUUGUCUUGUUAUGCCGGCUUUAGCUGUGGCCUGACCACAGUCAUUGUGUUUUUAGUUUAUUUAUUGACUGGCGGUCACAGGUUUGCCUUGGUGGUUUGCAAGACACUUCCUCGAGAUCUGAAGGGCCUGGUCGUGCUCUUGAAGUUGACAUUAGGAGUGAAGUAUCAUCUCAGGAAGAAUACCACUGUUCCAGCACUUUUCCAAAGCAAUGUCAAGAAUAAUCCCCAAAAAGCUUGUUUUGUAUAUGAAGACAGGACUUGGACAUUCGAGGAUGUGGAAAAUUAUUCAAACUCGGUGGCCAACUUUUUUCACGAGGCAGGAUACCGGAAAGGAGAUGUUGUGUCAAUCUUCAUGGAGAGUCGUCCCGAGUAUCCGUGCUUCUGGCUGGGCCUAUCAAAGAUUGGCGUUGUAGGGGCCCUCAUUAACUUCAACCAGAGGGACAAGGCUUUUGCCCACAGCUUGAAUGUGUCACAGUCCAAAGCACUGAUAUUUGGAGGGGAACUAUCUCAAGCGGUGAAGGAUGUUCUCCCCCUGCUGGAGAAUAACCCGACUUUGUACAGCAGCGGUAUCCUAGCAACCAAUGACAUCACACCCAUCAACCUCGAUCAGAGGCUGCAGAAAAGUCCAACCUAUCCACCACCAUAUACCCAGGGGUGUUUUAGAGAUAAGCUAUUCUAUGUCUACACAUCUGGAACAACCGGCCUACCAAAGGCUGCCAUCGUCACCCAUACUAGGUUUUACUACAUGGCCAAUGCCAUUCGCUAUUUCUUCAACAUCAGCCCAAGUGAUGUACUGUACGACACGCUGCCCUUAUACCACACAGCAGGGGGAAUCCUGGGAAUUGGACAGGCCUUCAUGGGAGGCACUUCUGUUGUCAUACGUAAGAAGUUCUCCGCCAGUCAGUUCUGGAGUGACUGUGCCAAAUACAACUGUACAAUUGCUCAGUAUAUUGGUGAAAUCUGUCGCUACUUGCUUCUCCAACCAUUCCGGCAAGAGGAAACUCAACACAGAGUUCGUCUGAUGUUCGGCAAUGGACUCCGACCUCAGAUAUGGGCUGACUUUCAGAAGAGGUUUGGGGUCAAAACUAUGGGGGAGUUUUAUGGUGCAACUGAGGGCAACUGUAAUAUAGUAAAUUUUGAGAACAGAGUAGGAGCUGUUGGCUUUACAACCCGUAUUGCACCGAUUUUGUACCCAGUAACACUGAUCCGAGUGGAUGAAGCUAGUGGGGAGCCUUUGAGGGACAGACAUGGAAUGUGUAUACAUGCUCAGCCAGGUGAGACCGGUGAGUUGGUGGGGAAGAUUGUAAAGGUGCAACCCACUGCGAGGAGUUUGCUCACGGCUGACGUUAACAAGAAGGCAUCUGAGAAAAAGGUUGUCGAGAAUGUGUUUAGGAAGGGAGACACAGCAUUCCUUACUGGAGAUGUGUUGCUGAUGGAUGAGUUGGGGUACAUGUAUUUCCGGGACCGAACAGGAGACACGUUCAGGUGGAAGGGAGAGAAUGUAUCCACAUCUGAAGUGGAAGGCACCAUCCACAACGUCCUGAAACUGCAGGAUGCUGUCCUGUAUGGCGUGGAAGUCCCAGGCUACGAAGGUCGUGCUGGAAUGGCUGCCAUUGUGGACGAGACGAACUCCUUGGACCUGGCUGACCUGAACCAGGCCCUGCAGCGGUCACUUCCGCCGUACGCCCGGCCGGUCUUCAUCAGACUGACCAAGGCGGUGGAUACCACAGGCACCUUCAAGCUGAAGAAGACGGAUCUGAGGAAGGAUGGGUACAACCCUAACACUGUGAAGGACAGACUGUAUUACAUGAAUGCUAAGGCUGGGAUGUUUCAGCCCAUCACCCAACAAGUCUACAGGGACAUCUGUGAUGCCAAGAUCCGACUCUGAGCAUGUGUUUGGUUCUGUGAUAAAUCAACUCUCAUCACAGCAUUCCAAGUGCAUUAUUAUUUGGCCUUGCUCUUCAUGACAGAACUGUGCCUACAUUGAAGUAUAUCCUAUAUUUGUUAUAAACAAAGUCGAUAUUAGAGUUGGUUUAGAUCAAUAUAUACAGAGUGCAGGGGACAGGUAAUACUGUUUGAUGGCUAUUGUUGUCCUUUGGGGACGUCCUGUAUAGUGGCUGCUGUUGUCCUUUUGGGACGUCCUGUAUA